UUUCAUAUGCAAUAUUUUUCAAGAUUUGGAUAAGUAUGAUACGUUGCAUAAAAUGCAACACUGUUUAUGCAAUGCAGCUACUCUUCGCUUUUAAAGGGAUAUGUCGAGCCAGUUGCUAUACUGUUAGUGGAGCUGCGAAUCGGUGUCAAUCAGUUAACAGUACCAACUAAGUAUUCACCUGUAACGGAGUUCAGUGUUUGCGCGUAAACACAUGCAUACAUACAUACAUCUUUGUUUAUGUUGAAAAUAAGUAUAUUUACACAUAUUUGUAAUUUAAAUUGCGGGUAUAAGGAGAUAUUUUAAAUAGUAAGCACUUAAAAAUGUGAUAAUUAGAAAGUUCUUAGAGAAAGUGGUGAACAUUAUCUCAACUGAUGCACUUAAUUAAAUAACGAUAAUAAUAACGAUAUAAACAAGAUGCAAUCCAAUUGCCUUAUUCUGCUUUGGCGUCGCAAACUCAGUGGAAUCCUUAUCGUCUCCAGUCUGGCGCUUUUCCUCCUUUGGACUUGGGUGUUUUUCAUUUCUAAUAGCGGGGACAUACAGAUAGAUGGUGAAAUUAAUAAUCUCAAACAAACAGAUAACCCAGAAAAGCACGUAUAUUUUCUGCAAAAAUUAAUUUCGCAAGCAAAUCGUGUUUUACGUUACCAACAAAAUCAGCACAACACUACCACCACCAGUCACAAUUACAAGUUGCUGCAAGCGCGCCGGCCAACUGGCGGCAUACCUGUACCAGCAGCUGCGCAUAGCGGCAAAAACUCCGGCAUUAUUCGAUUCGUUAAACCAACCAACAAACCGCCUUCUAUUGGCCUGCUUGAGGACACUGGGCAGAGCCUUUCAUUAGUGCCGCGUCGCAAAAAAAUACCCGUUUUUGGUGCAAAUUAUCUAUUUGAAGACGAACGUCUCAAAAUACUUGAGAAUAAACAACGUGUGCGUAACGCUGGUAUAGGAGAGAUCCAGAACAACAUGGAUUAUGAUCGACUUCUUACAUCCGCUGAACGACAGUCGCAAUAUGAGCAUGAAUUAUUGCGUUUGGGGGUGCCAACAAUUGCGGGCAUCGGACCGAGUGGACCUCGUGGACCUAAUGAACGACUCGUGCAUUUAGACCUGAAGGGUGCGCCGCCAAAGCUCGCUUUUUUAAAACGAUUGUUGCCGAUGUUGAAAGCAUUGGGGGCAACUGGUCUACUUAUUGAGUACGAAGAUAUGUUUCCUUACACAGGAAUUUUGCAAACAUUAUCAGCUAAAAAUGCUUAUAAAAUGGACGAGCUGAAGGAAUUUCUGGCAAGUGUUGUAUUGCAUGGCUUAACUAUUAUGCCUCUGGUGCAAACAUUUGGACACAUUGAAUUCGCUUUGAAAUUGCAAGAGUUCGAAAAUAUGCGUGAAAUACCCGAAAGCCCACAAUCCUUAUGUCCAAGUCUACAAGAUUCCAUCGUAUUUAUACAGAAUACGUUAACUCAAAUUAUAGAGUUUCAUCUGAGUAUAUCCGAUGCGGUUAUAAACAGUAGCAGUACGUCAGCCGAUGGACCCUCAGUACACUCUACUGCAUUUACACAUAUCCACAUUGGCUGUGAUGAGGUGUCACGAAUGGGCGAGUGCGUUAGAUGUCGACAACAUGGUCGGCACGAGAUCUUCCUCACCCAUAUAACCACUAUUUCCAAUUUCGUGAGAACACACUGGCCUCAACUUCAGGUGGUUAUUUGGGAUGAUAUGCUCCGAGACAUGAUGCUAAGCGAAAUGCAGCAUGCUCAUAUUGGUAGUUACGUAGAGCCGAUGAUUUGGGUAUACGCCACAGAUAUUUACAGAUUCAUCCAGCCCCAAUUAUGGGACAUGUACGCGAAAGUUUUUCCGACAAUUUGGACAGCAUCUGCUUUCAAAGGCGCAUUUGGUGAGAGUCUAAUGAUACCGCCACUACAACGACAUUUAGAAAACAAUAUGAGAUGGUUAGCAGUCAUUGCGAAAGAGAGUGGACGUUUUUCCAAAGGCAUUCGCGGUCUAGCGUUAACAGGUUGGCAGCGUUACGAUCAUUUUGCAGUGUUGUGCGAAUUAUUUCCCGUUGGUAUACCUAGCUUAAUCACCUCGCUAUCUACUGUGUCAAAGGGUUAUUUCGUUACUAAUCCGAAAGAGAGCGAUAUAUUGCGGGUGCUGGAGUGUGCGUUUCAUCCAGAUAGCCGGCGGUCCGGGCAUCCAUGGAUACAGCUCCACCCGAACUCACAUCACAGUCAACUAUUCUCCGCGUGCUCAUAUCCCGGCAGCAUGGUUUACAAAUUUGCGUUGCGGCUAUUCGAGAAAUUGUCAGAGUCUCAGAAUUAUUUGUUGCAUGUGCAAGAUCGUAGUGCAUGGAUGUCGGAAUAUAACGUCCGUCAUAAUUUCUCUUCACCAUUACGUGUACACGAAUUAACCCUGAAUACCCCAAUCUAUAUAAAUGAAUUAUGUGCUAUGGCCAGAGAAGCACAUGAGGUUAUGUUCGACGUGUUUGAUGAGUAUACUAUUGUAGAAUUUGUUGAGCAAAAUAUUUAUCCAACGAUUGCCAGUAUGCAACAACAGUUGGGAAAAGGACAAAGAUUGAUGCAGCGACGAGUGUGGCCACAACGCCCUCUUCCAUUCAGCGCCGAAUUGGUUGAACUAAAUUUGGUGCCUGCUAAUUUAAUAAAUGUGGACAAAGUUUGCUCCGAUAUUGUAAGCAGCGAUGAUCGAUCACAUUAAUAGCUUUGUACACAUUCAAAAACUCCUCGAUAAUUUUGUAAAUAUAGUUUCACCCAUAUUU